AACUUGUACUUUUCGUGAACCUCGAGGUUUAAUUUAAGCAUUGGAAGGGUUUUAUAGCUGGGUCGAUGAAAUUACGGAUCUAGAGAGAUCUUUUCCUGGAAAAAGAGAAAUUUGUGUCACACGACACGACGUUUUGUAAUAUACUUAUUAAAAAACUUGUAAGAGAAAAUAAAAACCAUCCAAAUUCUAAAAAACCCCACUCACUUAUCAAAAGAGAAAGAGUCAGAGAAGAAAGACUCAUCCUAUUCUGAUGGCGAGAGUUGCGUUGUUAGUUGCGGCGGCGGUUCUGGCUUUUCUGAUAGCGGCGCCGGUCACAGAGGUUGAGGCGAAGAGGUGGACUGUUGGUGAUAACAAGUUCUGGAACCCUAAUAUCAACUAUACCGUUUGGGCUCAGGACAAACACUUUUACCUCGAUGAUUGGCUCUAUUUUGUGUACGAGAGAAACCAAUUCAACGUUAUAGAGGUGAACGAGACCAACUAUCUAAGCUGCAAUUCCAAUAAUCCCAUCGCUAAUUGGACUCGUGGUGCUGGAAGGGAUUUAGUUCAUCUUAAUGAGACCAGGCAUUACUAUCUCAUUAGUGGUAAUGGUGGUGGAUGUUACGGCGGUAUGAAGCUUGCUGUUUUAGUUGAGAAACCGCCUCCUCCACCACCACCUGCUUCACCUAAUAAGAACAGUGCAUCGACGGUCUCUGCUUUUGCCCACCAGUUUGUUGUUCCGGUGGCUGUUUUCGCAGCAGUCUGGACGAUGUGGGAUGCGGUUCCGAGGUUGUGGUAACUAGUCUGGAUGUUUUCUCUUAAAAGAGAAAACGAUUGUUAUCGGUGUGAAUUCCGAUUCGAUUUUUAUAUCUUCACCAAGUGAAGCUCGUUUAUAGUUUUACUGGUACUCUUUUAUGUUUAGGUUCUUUGGAUCUUUAUGUGUUUGGAUUAUUUCAUUCAUGCUUUUGCUUUUUGUUGGUGGGAAAAAACAAUAUUCAUGCUUUUAGCUUU